AUGACGUCACCGACUCGUCUGUUUUUACUGCAGACCGACUCGCUCUAUAAACGAGCCUCAGACAGGUGGGUGGGGACUCAGACAGGUGGGCGGGGACUCAGACAGGUGGGCGACCACUUGUUUAUUAAAACUCUCUCCCUUAACUUUUUAUAGUCUGACCACAUCGACCACAGAGUCUGCUCUCUGAUUGGUCGCCUCAUGAGGUCAUAGCUGUUUAAAUACGAGCUCAGCGUUCACACUGUUACUACGGUUACCAAAGUGUUACUGCAGCCAGAUCAUCCAGACCAGCAGAGCCAGUGAGUACAGAAACUUUUUAUACUUUAACAGAAAAUUUUUAUUGUUAUACAGAAACUUUUUUUACUUUCACAUAAACUUUUCAUACUAUUACGGAAAGUUUUUAUACUGUAACAGAAACUUUUUAUACUUUCACAGAAAUUAUUUAUACUAUUACAGAAAUGUUUACUACUUUUAGAGAAACAUUUAAUACUUUUACAGAAACUUUCAGAUAUUUUACAGAAACUUUUUAUAAUUUUACAGAAACUUUUUAUAAUUUUACAGAAAGUUUUUAUACUUUUACAGAAUUUUUUAGUGAAACUUUUAUACAUUUAGAGAAACUUUUUUUCAGAAAUCUAUGAAAAUUUUAGAGAAAUUUUUUAUACUUUCACAGAAUUUUUUUAACUUUUACAGAAAUUUUUGGAUAUUUUACAAAAACUUUAAAAACUUUUACAGAAACUUUUUAUUCAUUUAGAGAAACUUUUUAUACUUUCACGGAAAUUUUUGUAUAUCUUGAAGAAACUUUCAAAGGAACUUUUAAAACAGAAACUUUUUAUACUUUUACAGAAUUGUUCAACUUUCACAGAAAUAUUUGAAUAUUUUACAAAAAAACAUUAAACUUUUAGAGAAACUCUUCAGUCUUUCAGAGAAUCUCUUAAUAAUUUUAAAGAAAUUCUUGAAUAUCUCACAGAAACUUUAGAAACUUUUACAGAAAUCUUUUGCACUUUUACAGAAAAUUUGAAACUUUUACAGAAACCUUUAACAUUUUUAGCGAUGCAAUGUUUCUCCUAUAAAAGUUAAACUACUGGUUACUGUUUUCUUGUCAAUACUCCAAAUAUUACCACAGAUCCUUUGAACAACAAUAGAGUUUUUUAGCUGCAGGCCUGUGCAAAGUUUUAAAAGAACAGUGGAAAAACAACUUUUUAGUUGAAUUAUUCACAAGAUCAUAAAAAAAACGUAAAUUGCAAAUUAAUUUGGGGUUAUUUUUCAGUCAGUUCUGAAACCAAACUUCACAUAUUUGCUCCUUAAAUGUGAAGAUUAGCAGCUUCUCUUAGACUAAAGCAUCUUACUGUAACUUUAGCAUGAGAUUAGAUUCUUUAAUCUGUGUUAUUAGCCGUGUUGUUAGUAUUAGUAAUAACUGCAGUAUUAGUGGAAUCAGUAGUAUUAGUAGUCAUGUGGACUAAAUCCUGCUCCCUCCUCCUCCUCCUCAGUGAUGAUGAUGAAGGUCACCCUGAUGGUCUUGUGUUUGCUGAGCCUCAGUCUGAGCGUGUCAGUAAGUGUGACGAUUUCUCAGCGAUCGACUCGUUUAUCCGCUCAGAACCUGUUUGUGUUUAAAAAAGUUUAAUCAUGUUUUACUUUAAAAACUUUAAUCAUGUUUUACUUUAUUUAAAAAACUUUAAUCAUGUUUUACUUUAUUUAAAAAAAGUUUAAUCAUGUUUUACUUUAUUUUAAAAACUUUAAUCAUGUUAUACUUGAUUUAAUAAGUUUUAUCAUGUUUAACUUUAAUUUUUUAAAUAAAAGUUUAAUCAUGUUUUCUUGAUUUAAUAAGUUUUAUCAUGUUUUACUUUAUUUUAAAAACUUUAAUCAUGUUAUACUUGAUUUAAUAAGUUUUAUCAUGUUUAACUUGACUUUUUUUUUAUAAAAGUUUAAUCAUGUUUUACAGUUCUUAAAAAAAACUUUUAUCACAUUUAACUACAUUUUUAAAAGUUUUAUCAUGUUUUACAUUAUUUUAAAAAGUUUAAUUAUGUUUACUUUACUUUUUAAAAAAGUUUUAUCAUGUUUCGUUUUGCUUUCAGAAAGUUGUCUAAUGGUUCACUUUACUUCCUGAAAGUUUAAUCAUGUUUUACUUUAUUUUAAAAAAUUUAAUCAUGUUUACUUUUGAAAAGUUGUUUCAUGUUUAAUUUUGCUUCCUGAAAGUUUAAUCAUGUUUGGCCUUUUUUAGAUCGUUGUGUUUUUUUAUAUUUUUGCGUUGAAUCAGCUGUUUCUGUUAAAAGCUGUUCUGAAGUUCGUGUCAUGAGACAGGUCACAUGAUCGUUUCUUUGGUUGUUUCAGAUCCACAGAAGAAGAGUGACGAGGUCAGACAGCGCCGAAGGAGAGGAGGAGGUGAGGGUCAAUCAGAGAGCUCCUCUUCCUCCUCUUCCUCACUAACCCGAGCUUCAAUAACCAAAAACUGUUUCUGUUUCACUUCAGAGCGACUCCGCCCAAACAAGUGAUGAAGAGGAGAAGGAGCAGAAGGAGGAGGAGGAGGAGGGAGGAGAUCAUGGAGAAGGGGAGGAGGGGAGCAACAAAGGAGGAGAAGAAGAAGAAGAAAAAGAAGAAAAAGAGGAUAAGGAAGUAAAGGACGUCCAGAAAAAGAAGGAGGACAGCGAGGAAAGAAGGGGAGAAGGAGGAGAAAGGAAAGAGGGUGGGGAGGAUGAGAGUGAGGAAGAGGAUGGAAGGAGAGAUGAAGAGAGAGAGGGAGUGGGUGAUGAAGGAGAAGAGGAGGAAGAAGAGGGGGAAGGAAAAAGAGAGAACGGGAGAGAGGGGGAGGGAGAAGGAGAGGAAGAGAAGGAGGAGGAAGAGGAGGAAGAAGGAGAUGAGGAUGAUAGGGAGGAGGAGGAAGAGACAGAGGAAGAGGGGGAGGAAGGAGAGAAAGAAAGUGGUGAGGAGGGAGGAGGAGAAAAAGAGAGCAAGGAGGAGGGUGAAGAUGAAGAAGAGGAAGGAGAAGGAGAGGAGGAGGGUGGAGGAGAAGAAACAGGAGGAGAUGCAGGAGGUGAGGAAGAAGGAGGUGAGAUAGAGGGUGAAGAGACAGGAGAGGAGACGGGAGAGGAGACAGGAGGAGGAGAACCAGGAGGAGAGACAGGAGGAGGAGAAACAGGAGGAGGUGAGACAGAAGGAGAACCAGGAGGAGGUGAAACAGGAGAAGAACCAGGAGGAGAGACAGGAGGAGAACCAGGAGGAGGUGAGACAGGGGGAAGUGAGACGGGAGGAGAACCAGGAGGAGAGACAGGAGUUGAACCAGGAGGAGAGACAGGAGGAGGAGAAACAGGAGGAGAGACAGGAGGAGGAGAAACAGGAGGAGAGACAGGAGGAGAACCAGGGGGAGGUGAGACAGGGGGAAGUGAGACGGGAGGAGAACCAGGAGGAGAGACAGGAGUUGAACCAGGAGGAGAGACAGGAGGAGGAGAACCGGGAGGAGAGACAGGAGGAGGAGAAACAGGAGGAGAGACAGGAGGAGGAGAACCAGGUGGAGAGACGGGAGGAGGUGAAACAGGAGGAGAGACAGGAGGAGAACCAGGAGGAGGUGAAACAGGAGGAGAACUGGGAGGAGAACCAGGAGGAGAACCAGGAGGAGGUGAGAUGGGAGGAGAACUGGGAGGAGAACCAGGAGGAGAGACAGCGCCCCCUGCUGUUGAUGGACUGGAAAAAGUCUCUUUGUAG